AUGAAAGCUUUGAUUGUUUAUGCACACCCCAGUCCAGCUAGUUUCAGCCAUGCAGUAAAAGAGUCGUUGAAAUCAGGAUUCAUCGAUGCAGGGUGGGAAAUAAUUGAAAGUGACUUGUAUAAAAUGGGUUAUAAGGCUUGCUUAGACAGAUAUGAUUAUCCUACUUAUACAGAAGAAGUAUUUAAUAUAGAUAGAGCUUCAACACAAGCCUUAAAUGAUCAUGUUUAUGAUAGAGAAAUUGAAAUUGAGAUGGACAAAAUCCGCGCAGCAAAUGUCAUUGCUUUUCAGUUUCCCAUAUGGUGGAGUACUACACCAGCCAUUUUAACAGGGUGGCUACAAAGGAAUUUUCCUAUAGGUUUUGGAUGGCCAGACCCAGUUUUAAGUGGUAAAAAAGUAUUAAUUGCAUGCACUGCUGGAAAUAAUCCAAAAGAAGAAUUGGAAGCUGCAGUCAAAUUAUUUGCAAGAUCUUUUGAAUUUAUGGGAGCUAAAAUUUUGCCUUAUAUAAUAAUUACUUCUGUAAACACCUCUACGCAAGAAGGAAGGGAAAAUGAGUUAGCAAACGCUAGGGAAGUUGCAAGAGAAACUGCAGCAAAUUUCCAAACUGCGCCUUAG